AUGACUUCUAAACUAUCCCCUAUACGGAAAAGUCACAUACGCAAUGAUACAAGUAACGCAAAACCUCGAACAGAGAAAAGAUCAUCAUCAAGACCUUUAUCUAGAGGGAAAAAAGAGAAACUUCGAUUUGGUAAUUAUAUCCUUGGAGCCACUCUAGGUGAAGGUGAAUUUGGGAAAGUCAAACUCGGUUGGUCCACAGCUUCUCCAACGGCAUCGCUUGAUUCAAAUUCGAAACAAAUCGCUAUCAAACUAAUAAGACGAGAUUAUGUUAAGAAAGGAUCAGAUAAAGAGAUUAAAAUUUAUCGUGAGAUUAAUGCUUUGAAACUUCUGACUCAUCCGAAUAUCGUCAGAUUGGAAGAAGUUUUACAAAACUCGAAAUAUAUUGGGAUUGUAUUGGAAUUUGCAUCAGGCGGGGAAUUUUAUAAAUAUUUACAAAGGAAAAGAAGGUUAAAGGAACCCCAUGCUUGUCAAUUGUUUGCACAAUUGAUAAGUGGUGUCACUUACAUGCAUUCAAAAGGAUUGGUGCAUCGAGAUCUCAAAUUAGAAAACCUCCUGUUGGAUAAAAAUGAAAAUUUGAUUAUAACUGAUUUUGGGUUUGUCAAUGAGUUUUUCGGUUCCAAUGAACUGAUGAAACGUUCUUGUGGUUCUCCAUGUUAUGCAGCUCCCGAAUUAGUUUUAAGUACAGAACCAUAUCGAGCAAGGAAGGUAGAUAUAUGGUCAUGUGGAAUAAUCUUAUAUGCAAUGCUAGCUGGGUAUUUACCUUGGGACGAUGAUUCCCAAAAUCCUAACGGUGAUGACAUAGGUAAGUUAUAUCAAUAUAUCACUAAAACUGCAUUAAAGUUUCCAGCAUAUAUCUCCCCUUUAGCAAGAGACCUUAUUAGGAAAAUACUUACAGCAAAUCCUAGUAGGCGAAUAAGUAUAUCAUAUAUCUGUAAACAUGAUUGGUUGAAACCACAUGCCUCAUUUCUAGCAGUAGAACCAAGGGAAUGGGACCGUAUGGUUAAGAAGAAAUCUAAUGCUUCAAGGGACACUUCCUCAUCCGAGAUGAAAUCAUCGUCAUUACGAUUGCACUCUAAAUCCUAUCGCCACAACACCAUCAUACUAGAACCUACGAUGGAACAUAGUCCAAGUCCUCCUCUAGAGACCCAAUCAUAUGUACUUAAGAACAUCAGGGCAUCGGACUUUGGAAAUACGUCAUCAAGUAUGAAUCAUGAGAGCACUUCACCUGCCACAAAGGCCUUACAUAAUGUAAUACCGUCUUCCACCGAUUCGCUAAAUUAUCUGACAGCUACGAGGAAACGUAACACUAGUGUUCAUAUACCAGAGAAUGCAGAUAUACACCCUUACAUAAAUACGGACGUUAAACAUAGUACGCCAACCAUCAGCCAUACACCUGUUGAAAAUGUCACUGUACAAGACGUGAACCCAUCGAUCGAUCCUAUAUUUCACAAGAGGCAGCAGAGACCUGUCACAUUUAUGACAAGUCACAAUGCAUAUCUUUCCAAUGGCAUAACAUCCCCAGUAUCAAAUAUCUCUGAGGUUACCAAUCCCAAACCAAAAGAAGCUGUUUCUGUCUCUUGUAAUGAUACAACAGAAAUUUCAUCUCAUCGAUCUGCUAUUAAUUCCAGAAUACUUGAAGAUGGAGAAAAAGAAAACUUAGUGUCAGAGAAACAAAUAUCAAUCCCAGAAGUAACAUUAAAUUCGGUAAAGGAUGUUGAGAAAAGAAAUAAUAGCAAUAUUGAGAAAGAAAAACUGGUAGUUCUUCUCCGAAAUAGAAAAAUCUCAACGCAACUUUCUGAUGGAGACCCAAAACGAGAAUCAACAAGUAAAAGAUUCAGUUUCUUUUCAUUAAUAAGUAAAAAUACAACUUCUGAUUCAACGGGAAAUACUCGUAAUCCCUCUUAUAGAUCUGCAUCACGACAAACAAACGCCACAGAAGUUUCUUCGCAACCUCUGAAAGGAAACCCUCGACGGAUUUCACAUAAGAGCUCUAUGUCAAAUUUAGCAAAUUUCAAUUCCCAGAACACAACGAGUCUUCGAGCUAGUAAAUUUAGAAAUAAUAGAGCAUCAGUAAUGGUAUCUUCAUUAGAAAACCCAAAUCCACGUGUUCCUAUUGAAAAAGCUGAUACCGAGACGAGUUUAUCUUCAAAAGUGAUCAAUUUCUUUAAAAGGAGAAGUAUGAGAAUUUGA